AUCUGCAAACCCCUGCACUACGGGACCCUCCUGGGCAGCAGAGCUUGUGCCCACAUGGCAGCAGCUGCCUGGGCCACUGCCUUUCUCAAUGCUCUGCUGCACACAGCCAAUACAUUUUCCCUGCCCCUGUGCCAGGGCAAUGCCCUGGGCCAGUUCUUCUGUGAAAUCCCACACAUCCUCAAGCUCUCCUGCUCUCACUCAGGCUACCUCAGGGAACUUGGGCUUAUUGUGUUUAGUGUCUGUUUAAUGUUUGGUUGUUUUGUUUUCAUUGUUUUCUCCUAUGUGCAGAUCUUCAGGGCUGUGCUGAGGAUCCCCUCUCAGCAGGGACGGCACAAAGCCUUUUCCACGUGCCUCCCUCACCUGGCCGUGGUCUCCCUGUUUGUCAGCACUGGCGCAUUUUCCGACCUGAAGCCUCCCUCCAUCUCCUCCCCAUCUCUGGAUCUGGCCCUGUCAGUUCUGUACUCAGUGGUUCCUCCAGCACUGAACCCCCUCAUCUACAGCCUGAGGAACCAGGAGCUCAAGGAUGCCGUAAGGAAAAUGAUGACUGUGUUUUUUGAGAAGCAAUAA